AUGUCUGCCGAAUCACAAGAUGAUACUCAAUCUAAAUCAGAAGUUAUCCUUAAACCAUUUUUUCCUAAGGCCACUGAAAUUCUAUUCUAUACAGGAAAUACCUUGGCAUUAUUUAAAGUAUUGAAAAAGACAAAUUCUACUAUAACUGAUGAAGUUAUUGAAUAUAUGUCAAUGAUUUUACAAACAAUUAGAACAAAUAUGGACAUAAAACAACAUCAAGAAGAUAGGUACGUUAAACUGAUCUCCGUUCAAGAUGAUGAGAAUUCAACAGCAAGUAGUGGUGCUACACCAGGUGUUUCUAUUGAUAAUGAGCAAUUGACAAGAGAAGACAUGAAAUUUUCAGUAAAAGUUUUUCUCCGUUCAUUAGAACCUGAAAUUCUAACACAUACAAUAAAUGCAGUUUUGAAUGAAUUGAAAGAAAACUAUGUAGAAAGUGUUAUGAUAUCAUUACCUAGUUACGGUGCACAACUGACACUGAACGAGUUUAUACCAUUAUGGCGUAUUAUUGAAGAUUUUAUAGACAAACAAAAAAUUUUAUCAGCAGGAGUUUGUGAUUUCAUGCUACCAUUACUAUCUGACUUAUGUGAUAGUGCGAAGCACAAACCUUAUGCAAAUCAAAUCAAUCUAGGCGUAUGUUGUUCGAUUCCGGAAGAACUCAAUAAGUAUGUUAAAGAGAAUAAUAUUCAACUGCUAACACAUAGUGACCCCAUUGAUGUUAUUAAUGAAUCAGAAUUUCAACAAACUAUAAGCGAAUAUUGUCACGAAUACGAUUCACUUAAUUGGAAGCCAUGUUCAGUUGUUCGUUACAAUUCGGUUAUUGCUAAUCGUGGAAUUAUAAAAAGCAAAGGAUUUCUUAUUUAUGCAAAACGUGAACUACGUAUGGCUUAG